CAUGAGCUUGGCCGGGGGGACCCAGAGCCGGAGGCGACCUCUCUCCUCGCCCCCGUCCCUUCCCGGAGCAGCGGCGGCGCCCACGGCUGGCUACUCACCGCCUCGGGGCAUGCGAGGGGCGGCGGGGAAGCCCGAGCACCCCCGGCCCCAGCACAGCCCCCCCGCUCCGGCCGAGGCUGCCUCCCCGCCCGGCUUCCCCCCCCCCCCCCAGCCCCGCUCCGCGCCGACCCCGGUGGCUGUCAGGUCGGCUGCACAGUUUGUUUACCUCCCGGGCAAGAGCACGGGCGGAGGAGGGAGGGAGUAUCGGGCCCUGGGCCCGCCCCCUCCCCGCCUCUUCCACUGCCCCCUGGGUAAUGUAGUUUCCCCUCGGCCCAUGCCCAAAGUGUACGCCGGGCAACGUAGUGCCCACUCUGUCUUGGUGCGCUUGUGUCUGAAAAGGUUUCUCCGGCGGCCCCUUGGAAAUGUAGUUCUGCCUGGGAGUCCAACCUGACACUUGGAUCCGCGACUUCAUUCGUGUUGUGCAAACCACUCAUUCUUUCAGGCUCUCUAAAUCAACUUGGUCGAUGCUGAUAAAGCCGGUCCCACAAGCCAUGCCUCUUCCAAUGAAGAAGACUACCACAGACCUUCCAUGCAGGAAAGGAAGCUCCUGCAUUUCUGGCAGACUGCUUGUUCACUAUGCUGCAUCUGCUCGGGCCAAGAACCAAGUUGUUUUUUCUCCUAUUUACCACCAACUUCCUGGUCAACAGAAACUGACCAAAGCCUCUCAGAGGCAGCAGCCUUUGUACAACUGGACAAGCAAAUGAAUCUGAACAUCUAUCUUAACUAAAAUCCCUCCUUCCACAAGAAGCCUUCCCUAACCCCUCUUAAUUCUAAUACUUUCUGUCUUUAAUUAUUUCCUAUUUAUCCUGAA